AUGGCUAAAAUUGGUAAUAUAGAAGAAUUCAAAUUACAGCAAGAAGAAGAUUUCGAAACCUGGGUAGAACGACUAGAACUCUAUAUGCUGGUGAAUAAAAUAAAAGAAAAUAAAGCAGCUAUAUUUUUAACCUUAAUUGGAAGUGAAGGUUAUAAAGUACUUAAAUCUCUUUGUACUCCAGAACUACCUAAAGAUGUCGAGUAUGAAAAGCUAGUAAGUAAUAUGAAAGAUUACUUACAACCGAAAGUUUCGAUUCUUGCUGAACGUUCCAAAUUCCGUAAUUGUCUACAAGAAAACAAUGAAACGAUCACUGAAUUUAUGACAAAACUACAAAAAUUAUCCAUAUUGUGUGGUUUUGGAAAUAACUUGGAGGAAGCAUUACGUGAUCAAAUAGUUCAUGGUGUAAGCGACCGUAUGCUUAAAAAGAAACUAUGUGAAGAACCGAAUUUGACUUAUGGAAGAACUAAAGAAAUAUGUCAAGCACACGAGGGCGCAGAGAAAAGUCUGGAGAAUUUUCAACAGGCUACCAAAGGAGAUCUCAACUUCAUAAAAAAGAAGGCAUCAAACAAAUGGAAGGAGCCAAAUUGGAAAAAUGGGAAGAAUGGUGACAAUGCUGACGGCACAUGUACAUGUUGUGGUAAUAUGAAUCAUGUUUUUGGUAAUUGUUAUUUUAAAAAUCGAAAUUGUGAAAUAUGUAAUAAGAAGGGACAUUUAAAAAAGGUUUGUUAUUUUAAUAAAAAUAAAACUGACAAGGUUCAAUCUAAGUUUUCAGAUGAAAAAAAUAAAAAUCAUAAUAAAAGUAACUUUGGUACAAGGAAUAAAAAAGUUUUUAAAAACAAAAUAAAUAAAUCAAAUCAUUUUUUGGAAUCAGAUAAUUUAGACAUAGACACAUUAUUUCAAAUAGAAGUAGUGAAUAAAAAAAAUAAUAACAUAACAAUUAAAGUUCAAAUUGAAAAUGAAAUAAUUGAUAUGCAAUUAGAUACAGGUUCAGCCAUUUCAGCAAUAUCUUUAUCAGAUUAUGAAAAUAAUUUUAAUUAUUUAACUAUUGUUAAAACAAAUUUGAAUUUAAGAAGUUACUCGGGUGAUAGUAUUACACCAAUUGGUUUAAUUAAUGUUAAAGUUAAAUUUAAUGAAAAAGAUUAUGACUUAAAAUUAUAUAUUGUUGAAAAUGGUGGCCCACCUUUAUUAGGUAAUGAUUGGUUGAAGUAUUUAGGUAUUAAGGUUAAUAUUGAUUUUGAAAUGAAUAAUAUUACAAGUCAGAAUCUCUCAAAUCAAAUUAAAGAAUUAAUAACUAAAUUUCCUGAAGUUUUUACUGAUAAACUAGGUACUUACAAUAAAAAUAAAUGUAAAUUGUAUUUGAAAGAAAAUUUUAAACCAAUUUUCUUUAAACCAAGAUCCUUGCCUUAUAAAAUUAAAGACCAAGUAGGAGCUGAACUUGAUAGGUUAGUUAAAGAGGGUAUAUUAACACCAGUAGAAACAUGUGAUUUUGGAACUCCUAUAGUACCAGUAAUUAAUGCCAAUGGAUCUAUUCGUAUUUGUGGAGAUUAUAAAGUUACUAUCAAUCCUUACUUAAAAGUAGAUAGGUAUCCACUUCCACGGAUAGAAGAUUUAUUUUCUAACAUCAGUGGUAGUGUAAUAUGGUCAAAAAUUGAUUUAUCUCAAGCAUAUACACAGUUAUUAGUUGAAGAAAAUUCUAAAGAAAUUCUGACUUUAUCAACUCAUCAAGGGUUAUAUGUACCAAAUAGAUUAAUGUAUGGAAUUGCUUCAGCGCCAGGGAUUUUUCAGAGAGAGAUGGAAAAUUUAUUUAGGAAAAUAGACAAUGUGGUUUGUUUUUUAGAUGAUAUUUUAAUUCAUAGUGAUAGUGUAGCUUCACAUAUAAAUAAACUAAAUGAAGUUUUUAACAAGUUGAAAGAAUGUGGUUUAACAGUUAGAGAAGAAAAAUGUGCAUUUUUUCAAGAUGAAAUACAGUAUUUAGGGUACAAAAUAAAUAAACAUGGAUUAAAUACAAGUGAAACAAAAAUUAAAGCAAUUGUAGAUGCACCAAUUCCCACUAAUAUAACACAAGUUAAGUCUUUUUUAGGGAUGGUAAAUUAUUAUUUUAAAUUUAUUAAAAAUAGCACUGAAAUAUUAUAUCCAUUAUACAAUCUACUUAAAAAAGAUAAUGAAUUUAAUUGGAAUAAGAAAUGUGACAAUGCUUUUAAUGAAAUAAAAAAAAUUCUAACUUCAGCUCCAAUAUUAACACAUUUCAAUCAAAAUUACAAAAUUAAAUUGUCAUGCGAUGAUAGUUCCUAUGGUAUUGGGGGUGUAAUUUCACAUAUCUUACCAAACAAUGAAGAAAGGCCGAUCGCAUAUACUUCUAGAACAUUGAAUCUGGCCGAACAAAAAUAUUCUCAGAUAGAUAAGGAGGCAUUAGCUAUAGUUUUUUGUAUUAAAAAAUUCCACCAAUAUUUAUAUGGGAGACAUUUCAUUUUACUUACUGAUCAUAAACCUCUCACAUAUAUUUUUCAUGAAAAAAAAAGUUUACCUCAGGUGGCACCUAAUAGGAUACAGAGAUAUGCCUUGUUCUUAGCGAAUUAUGAUUAUAGUAUUCAGUAUGUUAAAUCUGAAAAUAACCAAAGUGCUGAUGCAUUAAGUAGGUUAGCAAUCACACAUACAAAUGAUAGGGAAAUGGAUGUGUCAACAAUUCAUUUUGUUAAUGAUUAUUUUCAAGGUAUAAAUAAAAAUAUGAUACAAAAAGAAACUGAACAAGAUGAGGUAUUGAAAGUAAUUAAAAUUCAUCUAUAA